GCAGCAGCACUAGAUGGACAGGAGAUCAGUGUUGUCACAGAUUAUGUUCUAAAGAUCUUGGGGCUCGAGGCUUGUGCUGAUACCUUGGUGGGAGAUCAAAUGCUGAGAGGGAUCUCUGGAGGACAAAGAAAGCGUGUCACAACAGGGGAGAUGUUGGUUGGACCAGCAAGUGCACUCUUCAUGGAUGAGAUAUCAACCGGUUUGGACACUUCAACAACCUUCCAGAUUGUGAAUUCAAUUAGGCAAAGCAACCACAUUCUAAAUGGGACUGCAGUAGUCUCUCUCCUCCAGCCAGCACCAGAGGUUGAUGAUUUAUUUGAUGACAUUAUUCUCUUAUCAGAUGGGCAGAUUAUUUACCAGGGUCCUCGUGAACAUGUGCUCGAGUUUUUCGAGUAUAUGGGAUUCAAAUGCCCUGAAAGGAUGGGAGUUGCUGACUUCUUGCAAGAAGUGACAUCAAGGAAAGAUCAACAACAGUACUGGACACAUGAAAACAAACCAUACAGAUUCAUCCCUGCCAAGGAAUUCUCUGAGGUGUUCCACUCAUUCCACGUGGGCCAGAAGCUAGCAGAUGAACUUGCAGCCCCAUUUGAUAAGAACAAUAGUCACCCUGCUGCCUUAGUGACCAAAAAAUAUAGUGUCAGCAAGAAGGAACUGUUGAAAGCCUGCAUAUCAAGAGAAAUACUACUGAUGAAGAGUAACUCUUUUGUCUACAUUUUCAAGAUGGUACAGAUUACUGUUGUGGCAUUCAUAACGAUGACCAUAUUCUUGCGUACUGAGAUGAAGUGCGAUUCAGUCACCGAUGGUGGGAUAUUUUUGGGUGCUUUGUUCUAUGCUCUUAACUUUCUUAUGUUUAAUGGUCUCCCAGAGCUUGCCAUGACUGUAAUGAAGCUUCCUGUUUUUUACAAGCAAAGAGACUUCUUUUUCUAUCCUGCUUGGGCAUACUUAUUGCCCACAUGGAUGAUGGCAUCUGGAUUGUUCAGAUUCAUUGGAACAGUGGGGAGGAACAUGAUUGUUGCAAACACAUUUGGGUCCUUUGCAUUCCUCAUACUCAUGGGUCUUGGGGGAUUUAUCUUGUCAAGAGCUAUGGUUCAAUCCAAUUCUACAGAGUCAUUAGAAGUGGCGGUCCUAAACUCUCGAGCGUUCUUCACUGAAGCUUGUUGGUAUUGGAUUGGAGUAGGAGCAUUGAUUGGUUAUGUUUUCCUAUUCAAUGGUCUAUCCAUUUUGGCUGUGUCCUAUCUCAAUCCAUUUGGGAAGCCUCAUGCAGUUCUAUCUGAGGAAAAGAGCUCUGUAGAAAGUGGAGAAAAAACUAAAAUAACCAUUUCGUCUAGGACUUCAUCUGCAAGGAUAGCAGCAAGUGAUGCGAAUAUGAGCAUGAAGCAGGGAAUGGUUCUUCCAUUUGAACCACUUUCCCUCACCUUUGAUGAAAUUAGAUACUCCAUCGACAUGCCUCAGGAAAUUAAAGCACGAGGUGUUACAGAGGUCCGACUGGAGCUUCUCAAGGGAGUCAGUGGAGCUUUCAGGCCAAGAGUUCUUACAGCUUUAAUGGGUGUCAGUGGCGCUGGUAAGACCACUUUGAUGGAUGUUUUGUCAGGAAGAAAAACUGGAGUCUAUAUCAAGGGAAACAUCAAAAUAUCUGGCUAUCCAAAAAAACAGGAAACAUUUGCUUGUGUAUCUGGAUGCUGUGAACAAAAUGACAUCCACUCACCUCAUGUUAUGAUCUAUGAGUCCUUGUUUUAUUCUGCUUGGCUUCGGCUACCUCUUGAAGUCAAUUCUUCCACUAGAAAGAUGUUCAUUGAGGAGGUCAUGGAGCUUGUAGAACUAACGACACUAAGGCACGCAAUCGUUGGGCUCCCAUGUGUAAAUGGUCUCUGA